UGGAAUAACAAGAAAAUGCUGCUCAUAAUUUAUGCACUGCUGAUGUUCAGAGCGUGGUGUUUAACAGAAGGUCAGAAGUUUGAGAAGAAAAACGUUACUGUUGGAGAGGAUGUGAAACUGACAUGUCCCCUUGAGAGUGUGGGAAGCUUGUUUUGGAUCGUGUUGUUUUCUGAAAAAUUUCCUGAAGUUUUAGGAAGAUCAUCUAGCCCCCUGAAUGAUGCUCCUCGCAUUAGAACCAAAAAAGAGCGGAAAGAAUUUGUUCUGUAUAUUUCAAAAGCAGGGCUAACUGACACAGCUUUUUACUUCUGUAUAAAGACAUUACAAAAUGAUUUUAUAUUUUUGGCUGGAACGCAUGUCAUAGUUGAAAGUUCAACAACAACAGCUCAGCCUGGACCAGAACCUGUUGUCACCACAACUGCUCCAUCUGUUCCAGUGCAUCCAGGAGACUCAGUGACUCUACAGUGCUCAGUCUUCAGUGACUCUGAGAAUAAAACCUGUCCAGCUGAAGACAGUGUGUUCUGCUUUAGCCAUGAGCCACAUCAGUCUCUAUCAAUAUUUAAUCGUACUAAAGUAAACGACAGCGAUGAAUAUGACCACAACUCUGGAGGAGCCUCAACAAAAAAAUGUUUCUUCAACUUCAGAAACUUCAGCUCCUCUGGUGCCCGCACGUAUUACUGCUCCGUGGCCAUGUGUGGGAAGACGUUAUCAGGAAACAUAUCAGAACUCAACAAUGAAGGUGAAAGCAUAUGGGAGUCAAAGAAGGACAAUGCAGUUCUCUAUGUCUUGUGUGGAGCUUUGGUUAUAAGUGUGAUUGUUAUAGUCUUUCUCCUUUAUUCAAUCAAAAAACUCACGAAGAAACCCAGUGAGUUGUGCAGAGAUACAUAUGCGGUUCCACUGCAAACAGUCGAUGGUAAUCAUGAAAAUCAGCAGACAGACGAAGACUCACUGAUUUACACGGUACCAUCUUUCACCUACAGAAAGUCUAACAAAACUAUCACAAGGGACACGAAACCUACAGAGGAAGAGAGCAUUUACACUGAUGUCAAGGUUCUCAGACUGGAUCAACAUCUUGACGAUGAAUUGAACUGAUUUUUGUUUGCACACUGAAUUAAAUGUACUUUUUUGAACCUUAAACACAUAUUUCUUUUCAGCAAAUUAUUUAUACUUGUAGAAAGAACAUUUCUUUGGUUGUAGAGUUUCUGAUAAAGUUUUUUUGAAUGUCCUUGAAUAUUUAUAUGUUUAUGCACACAUAUGUAUAUAUCUUUCCAUGAGUUGCACAUAUAUCUCAUUGCCAAAGUAAUGUACUGAAAGGAAAUGGCGGCUGUGUGUAUGUGUUCCUUCCUUCCUUCUUGAUUGCUACAUACUAAUUUAAACAAUAAUUUACUAUUGUAAAGUAUUGAAACCAAGGCUUUAAUGAAACCAAAGCUAAGCCUUAAUAUAAAAUUGUAUUUAAAAAAAAAAAACUGUGCUCUUUUUUAUGUUUUAUGAAAUAUUUUUUGCUUUGACAUCACCGUCUACAUUUAUUGUUGUGAAAAUACUCCAUCUACACUCCCAGUCAAGAUUUUGGAGACACUAUUUUUUUGAACGGGAAGGUGUGUUCAAACCUUUGACUGAUAGUGUAGUAGUUUUACCUGUAAUAUUUAUAUUUUGGAUAAGCCCAAUUAAAAGUCAUUCAUAUAUACCCAAUAAAAUAAAUUGAUAGAAAUAGACCCCAAAUUUUGU